CGUGAUUAUUCACGGGAAGUUUGGAUCUCUCUCUUCCAGUAUUGACUAGAUAGACACACUGCGUCACAGCGCCUCGGACCUCAAGUCAUCUCGAGGUUUACCCGAAUCUCUCUCUCUGCUUCCGAUUCCUCUAAUUUUCUGUGCCUAUUGAAUCAUCUCCUGCGACUUUGAACCUCGACGCUCGAGUGAAGUUUCAUUUUUAAGGAUGGUUAUCAAAUCCCCCCACCCAGACUUGACGAUAACACCGGUUGACCUGUUCACUCUCCUGUUCGAGAGGGAUGACAGGCCGUACCCCGAAGAUAAAGAACUCUUCAUCGACGGAGAUACCGGCCGUUCGUACAAUUUCACUCAACUCAAAAACACCAGCAUCGAGUUCGGCAAAGGACUCAAGUCGCAAUGGGGGUUCAGGAAGGGAGACAUCCUCGGCAUCUUCUCGCCCAACUCCGUUGACUAUCCUCCCGUGGUCUGGGGCGCCAUUUGGGCAGGAGGCAUCUGCUCGACGGCUAAUCCGACUUACACAGUCAAGGAGCUUGCCUUCCAAAUGUUAGACUCCAAAGCCAAGGGCAUAGUGACGCAGCUGCCGAUGCUACCUGUCGUUCUCGAGGCGGCCAAAGAGAUUGGUAUGCCAGAGGAUCGCAUCAUCUUGAUGGGCCAUGAGCGAGACCCAAAAGGAAAGUUUAAACACUUCAGCGAUAUCCGUAGUACCAGUUUUCUGAGUCUGUCUUCCAAAGCCAGCAUUGAGCCUAGCAAGGACCUCGCGUUCUUGGUAUACAGCUCUGGAACCACUGGCCUCCCGAAAGGCGUCAUGCUCACCCACACCAAUAUCGUCUCGAACAUCCUCCAAACAGUGGCAGUCGAAGCCCGAAGCGGCUUGCACUGGUCUGGUGGCCCAGACGGAAAAGGCGACAAGCAACUCGGCAUUCUCCCCUUUUUCCACAUCUACGGCCUGACCGCCAUGGUGCACUGCACCGUUCUCGAAGGAUUUCAAGUCAUCGUCAUGCCGAAGUUUGAACUAGAACGAGCGUGCCAACUGAUCCAAAAGUACGGAAUCACGUUUGCCUACAUCCCGCCGCCAAUCAUCCUGGGCUUAGCCAAACAUCCCGUCGUCGACAAGUACGAUCUAACGAGCCUCAAAUGGCUCAAUUCGGGCGCGGCGCCCCUGACCCAGGAGCUUCAGGAUUCGGUGUGGGAGCGGUUGACUAUACCGACCAAGCAAGGCUACGGCUUAUCAGAAACUUCCCCGACGACACAUCUGCAGACGGUGCUGGAAUGGGCGAAGCACAAGGCCAGUGUAGGCAAAUUGGUGCCGAACAUGGAGGCCAAGAUUGUUGAUCUCGAAGGAAACGAGCUUCCUGUCGGCCAGGAGGGGGAGCUUUGGGUCAAAGGGCCUAACGUCUUCCAGGGCUACUAUAACAGACCCGAGCUAGCCGACGAGACGUUCAGCAAAUGCGGCUUCUUCAAGACGGGUGACAUCGGCUAUGUAGACGAUAAGGGCAACUUCUACAUCACGGACCGGCUGAAGGAGCUCAUCAAGUACAAGGGCUUCCAAGUGGCACCAGCAGAACUCGAAGGCAUUCUCCUCGGCCACGGCGACAUCAUAGACGCCUGCGUAAUUCCAAUCUUCGACAACGAACGCUCGACUGAGGUGCCUCGCGCGUGUGUUGUUUUAAAACCAGGCACGGCGCGGACAGAAGAGAAGGCGAAGGAGAUUGUGGAUUGGUUGGCGACCAAAGUCGCCCCUCACAAGCAAUUGCGCGGAGGGGUGUGCUUCGUCGAUGAGGUCCCCAAGAAUGCGAGUGGUAAAAUUUUGAGGAGAGUGCUCAGGGAACAGGCCAAAGUUGAGGAUCGAGCCAAGGGGCCGAAAUUAUAGAUAGCAAGGGCGUCUCCUAGCAUGCUGGAGCUACGUAAAGUAGUGCAUCCUCGUCAUGAUAAUGCACCUACUAUGCUCCGAGCAUACUUCUGUAAUUGUACCUUUCCGAUGGUACAAUUGAGUACCGAUGCAUUUGUCCCCUGCGUAUGAACUCCAUGCAGCGCAAAACGUUUAUAGACGCCAUAGAUGCGUUUCCUCCCCAAUGCUUACUUUCUCCUUUAUACACUUUAGGGGUUACUAUCAGCAGCAAGUCCUUCAACCCAACUUCUCACUCUCCUCCAACAACCUCUCAACACUAAAACUGCCAUCCCCCCUCGAAAACUCCUCCAACAAUCUCCCCU